UGUUUAUUGGCCGCUUUCGCAAGUUCGCUGCUUCCACGCUUCCGCUCUUUGAACUGCUUGGAGUAGAGCAGUAAAGAGCCAAAAUUUCUAGGCGGCGCGUAUGGCCAAAGCUGCGAAAGGCAUAUUGUCCGCCGCCGAAGUGUUAAGAAAACACCCAGUUGAAGUACAGAAAGCGCUGAUCGAGACGUGUUUUCAGUUCGAUUCUGCGCAUACUGUUGAGGAGAAAGCAAGGUCUUGCUCCUUAUCUCCCGAGGACCUAGAGGCUGCGUAUGAAGCUUCCAGGUGUUUGGUUUCGGCAUUGCGGUUUCUAAAAGAGGCACCUGCGACGUCCCUGCUUGAAGACCUGCACUUGGACGCCGAAGUUAUGACGUUGUUGAAGGCGGUGGCAUCAUCGAACGUAGGGAAGCCAGCUGGACCGUUGGGAAAGCUGGUGAACGUUGAAUGGAAGAUAGGUGUUGCGGCCAUGUCUGAUCUCUGCAAGAACCUCAACUCUCCUUUUGUCAUGCUCGAACUAACUGUGGAAGAUUCUGCCAGCAACCGAUCUCGCCACACUAUUGAACUUACAGUCCCGGAAUUCCAGAAAUUUGCAUCAACAAUGCAAGAGCUUCAUGGCGUUAUGACAACUGUGUAAAUAAAGAGAUCUUGACGCAC